ACGAGAUUACGAGGGGAAGCCAUUUUGGUUUAGGAUUGUGCGGCGUUUUCCGAAAUGUCUGUGUUUUGAGACGUAAUUUCUCCCCCAAGAUCGUAUUUUACCGCUCAUCAACAUGCCAGCCGUUGAAGUACAAUCUCAAGCCCCUCCGGAGCCUAAUGAGCAGCCUGCAGCUCCGGAGACCAAGAAGCCCACGGUGGGCAUCAUCUACCCUCCUCCCGAGGUCAGGAACAUUGUGGACAAGACUGCCAGCUUCGUGGCCAGGAACGGGCCUGAGUUCGAGUCCCGGAUCCGACAGAACGAAAUCAACAACCCAAAGUUCAACUUCCUCAACCCAAAUGACCCCUACCAUGCCUACUACCAGCACAAGGUCACUGACAUCAAGGAGGGCAAAGUUCAGGAGUCGAUGAUCCCAAAGGUCACGAACCUGUCACAGCUCCAGACACCGAAGGUCUCCCAGCCACAGGUAGUACAAGAGACAAUUGUCCCCAAAGAGCCGCCAGCAGAGUUUGAGUUCGUGGCCGACCCUCCCUCCAUCUCAGCGUACGAUCUGGACAUCGUGAAGCUGACAGCACAGUUCGUGGCGCGCAACGGUCGCCAGUUUCUCACCAACCUGAUGAACAAGGAACAGAGGAACUACCAGUUUGACUUUCUCCGGCCGCAACACAGUCUAUUUAACUACUUCACCAAGCUGGUAGAACAGUACACUAAGGUUCUCAUCCCACCCAAGAACCUGAUGUCUAAGCUGAAGAAGGAGGGAGACAACCCAAGGGAGAUCAUGAACCAGGUGAAGUACCGGGUGGAGUGGGAGAAGUUCCAGGAGAGAGAGAGGAAGAGAGAGGAGGAUGAACGAGAGAGGGAGAGAGUCGCCUUCCUGCAGAUUGACUGGCAUGACUUUGUGGUGGUGGAGACGGUGGACUUCCAGCCACAUGAAAUAGCUAACCUGCCGCCGCCCACGACGCCUGACCAGCUGGGCGCGCGUAUCCUGAUCCAGGAGCGGAUGGAGAAGGGUCACACCGUGGAGCCGUCCGAGGUGGAGAUGGAGGUGGAGGAUAUGGACGAGGCUUCAUCAGAGGACGAAGAUGAAGGUCCAACACUGCCUGGUACAGCAGACACCACAGAACAGGACAUGGAUGAAGGGGACUCAGAUGUGGAUGAGGAUGCCCCGACCCCCCCACCCCAGCCUCCCCCCGAGGAGGCCCUCCCCCAGCCUCCCCCCCUGCCGCCCCAGCCGGAGGAGGUGCAGAUCAGAAGAGACUACGAUCCCAAAGCUGCACGUAUCCAGCCGCCAACCAUCCAGGACACGACAGCGUGGGUUGUGUCCCCGAUCACGGGCGAGCGGAUCCCGGUGGACAAGCUGCAGGAGCACAUGCGCAUCAGCCUGCUGGACCCGCGCUGGGUGGAGGAGAAACAGAGCUCCCUCAAGGAGAAACAGUCGCAGGAGGAGGUCUUCGCUCCAGGUUCUGCCAUCGACAGCAGCCUGAAGAUGCUGGCUGAGCGCCGUACCGAUAUCUUCGGCGCCGGUGACGAGGAGACGCGCAUCGGUCGCAAACUUGGAGAGGAGGAGAAGAAGACGACCAAGGUGACGUGGGACGGCCACACGGCCAGUAUGGAGGCCACGACACGGGCUGCACAGAAGAACAUCACCCUACAGGAGCAGAUCGAGGCCAUCCAUAAGGCGAAGGGUCUGACAGCGGAUGAGGAGAAGGAAAAGAUUGGUCCCGCCAUCCCUGCCCAGACAACGGUAGAGCUCACCCCCACAACGAGCACCAUCCCUGCCAAACCCCCCGUCCCGCUCCCAACCCCACAGUCCACCACCAUCGCCCAGGAGCCGGCAGCCAAGAAACAGAAGACAGAGGACACGCUGGUGUCGGAAGAGGAGUUCCUGAAGAGGAACAAGGGUCCUGUCACGUUCAAGGUCAUUGUGCCCAAGAUGGACGACAAGAGCGAGUGGAACCUGAACGGACAGACCCUGACCUUCACCCUGCCGGUCACAGACACCGUGUCUGUUAUCAAGGCUAAGAUCCACGAGGCUCUGGCAAUGCCUGCUGGGAAACAGAAGCUACAGUAUGAGGGUAUCUUUAUUAAGGACUCCAACACCCUGGCUUUCUACAACAUGACCCACGGAGCAACCAUCCAACUGGCACUGAAGGAGAGAGGAGGAAGGAAGAAGUAGAGCAGGAGCAGAACUUAAGACUGACAGAAGAAUAGAUGAUAAGGAAACUGUUCAAUGUCUCAGCUCAUACUUUGUAACUCAAGAUAUCUUUGAGUCUAUUCUGCCCUCUUUGUGCAACGUUGUUUUUGGAGAAUUUGUCUUAAAUAUUAAAGUGAUGUCCACAUACUGCCCCUUUUAAGUGAUAUUGUAUCAUUACAAUGUUCUGUUCCAUUUCACGCAUCACUUCCAUUCACUGAGAAAAGUAGGUGACUGAAAAAGUUCAAGUAUGACAUUGUAACAGAACAAAGAGGUCUGAAUUUGCAAUUCUACAUGAUGUCUUUUAGAAGGCCUAGUUCUAGGUGGCCACCAAGCUCAACUUGUAAAAAGGUAUCCCUUUGUUCCUGCAAAACCACUGACCAACCAAAAAGAACCCCAUUUCCUUGACUAUUAAAGUGAAAGAUGGACUUCAACUAGACAUAUACCUGUAGUACUGAAGAUGUCUAUUGUUUAUUUUAAGAAGAUUACCUACUGAAAGCUUAUGAUAUUUGUAACUUUAAGCAUAAAAAAAACCUCAUGUAGAGAUGGAUUAGAAAACUUUAUUGUCACAUUUUUAAUGCCUCCAUAAUCAGUGAUUCUGUAAAAAAAACUUUGUAGAAGGAAUAAACAAUUCAUCAUACAUGUA